AUGUCACCUGCACUUUUUAGCGAUAAUCGACAAACGACAGUUCGCCAAGUAAAACUCAAAAAACCCUUUGUAGAGGAUGUGAUAGCGCCAUUUACAAAGGACAUCCAGCCCCUGGAGGAGUCGCAGUCGAUAGGAGGAGAACAACCAACUGAACCGGAAACGGGACCUGAUAAGGAUGGCGGCGAAUCCCUGACAUCGGCCAUGGCCAUCGAGGGCUUUGUGCAGGGCGCACCCGAGGAUUAUACAGUUCAGUCUCAAACUGCAAUUGAUGAAGAGGCACGCAUGAAGCAGAUCAUCGAAUCGGGGACCUUGAGCAGCUGGCCGAGAUCGUGCUGA